AUGAAACGACCAAACUUUUUGGUGAUUGUCGCCGACGACCUGGGCUACAGUGAUUUGGGAUGCUUCGGCUCAGAAAUCGAAACCCCGUCACUGGACCGGUUGGCACAGUCGGGUGUAAGAUUGACUAAUUUCCACACAGCAUCAGCAUGCUCCCCAACGAGGAGUAUGUUGUUUUCGGGAACAGAUAACCAUAUUGCUGGGCUUGGGCAGAUGACAGAGCAUAUGGCAGGAUUCGUUGAAAACUACAAGGAUCGGCCCGGUUAUGAAGGCUAUCUCAAUUUUCGAGUCGCUGCGUUGAGCGAGAUCCUUCAAGAUGCAGGAUACCACACUCUCAUGUCUGGGAAAUGGCAUUUGGGAACAUCAGUAGAGACAGCACCAUGCUCACGAGGGUUUGACAAGAGCUAUGUAUUCCUGUCAGGAUGCUGCAACCAUUUCAACUACGAGCCACAGCUUGAUGACCCUUCACAUGGGCUUUUCACACCUAUGAAUGCUGGGAAGUUCUGGAUGGAAGACGACCGCUUUCUCGAUCGAAGGGACCCAAACGACGUCCCAAGCGACUUCUACUCUACCACGACCUUCACCGACGUUUUGAUCAACUCUCUACGAGAACGAAAUAACAACGAGAAGCCGUUCUUCGCCUACCUUCCAUUCACCGCCCCCCAUUGGCCACUGCAGGCGCCACGCGAGACGAUCGAAAAGUACAAGGGCUAUUAUGAUGAUGGACCGGCCGCGCUUCGAGUUCGACGUCUCCAAAAGCUUGUUCAGCUUGGACUCAUACAAGAGGGCGUGGAGCCUGCCCCCAUGACAGUUGAAUUAUGGGAUAAGAUGUCUGCCACAGAAAAAGCCGAGUCAGCACGAAAAAUGGAGGUCUACGCCGCCAUGGUUGAUUCUAUUGACCAAAAUGUUGGACGGGUCGCCAACUAUCUGGAGUCGACCGGCGAGCUAGACAAUACCUGCAUCUUGUUUAUGUCAGAUAACGGAGCUGAAGGUGCUAUGCUGGAAGCUAUCCCCAUGAUGGGCAGCGUUGGCUCUGUCCCCAAAUUGAUCAACAGAUACUACAACAACUCAAUCGACAAUAUGGGUAAUGCCGACUCGUAUAUCUGGUAUGGCGCCGAGUGGGCAUGUGCUUCCAUGGCCCCCUCGCGGGGUUUCAAGACGUGGAUUACCGAGGGAGGUAUUCGCUGCCCCUGCUUGAUCAGAUACCCAACCCUUUCCAAAUCUGGUUCUACCACAGACGCGUUCUGCACUGUCAUGGAUAUCCUUCCCACCAUACUAGAAUUUGCUCAGGUGCCAUUACCAGGGAAAGUAUUUAGAGAUAGGGAGGUUGUCCCUGUACGUGGUAGUUCAUGGGUGACGCAUCUGAACGACAAAUCACCUGCGAUCCAUGAUGAGGAAACUCAUAUUACAGGAUGGGAGCUUUUUGGUCAUAGAGCCAUCAGACAGGGUGCUUGGAAGGCACUAUAUAUGAAUGCGCCAAGGGGUAAAGAUAGAUGGGAGCUCUACAAUCUGCAAGUGGACCCUGGAGAGACAGAGGAUCUGGCCGAGAGGGAACCAGAAGUGCUAGAACGACUUAUCAAACACUGGGAGGUUUAUUAUGCCGAAUCUGGAAUGUUUGACCCCGGCCAUGAAUUUAGAUACACAAAAUACACGUAG